AACGAGCCUCAUUUCCGAAGAUUAGUUUGUUCAAUCAGAAUUGAAUUUCUGAUCACUUACAUAAUAAUAUUCUAUAUCCCCAGGCUUUUAUUUCUUUUACAUUUCAAGCAAAACAUUUAGAUUAAUUUUUACAGUUAAAAUUGCCACACAAAUAUCAGACAUCUGGAGUUUUAUAUAUUGAUUGUAAUUGUAAUCGUCCGGCAUUCAAAAGGCGGCAGCCAUUGUACGUGAUCCGUUGGUGUAUAUCGAAUUCAAGUUCAGCAAAUAUUUACUUUGUUAAACAUGUUAUUCUGCAGUGUUUGAGGAGUGAACAGCACUUUUUAAGAAGGAAGCCUAUCGCCUUGAAAAGAAACUUAAGAAAUAGAAGAUAUAGACUGAUAUUUACAAAAGAUUUAAAGACAGCAGGCUUCUAACUGAAGAUGGCAGCCAAAAAAGAUUUCAGUAUUGGAGAUCUAGUUUGGGCAAAGAUGAAGUGUUUUCCUUUUUGGCCAGCCAAGAUAGUAGAACCUCCUACAAAUGCAAAAUCUACUUCUAGAAAGGCACGCCAUUAUGUAUUCUUUUUCGGAAGUGAAAAUUAUGCAUGGAUACAGGAUAAAUUUAUUGUACAUCAUUCUGAAGAAAUGCUACAGUGUGCUUCCAGUAAGAAAAAAUCAGCCCAUUUAAUUAUAGCAAUAGAGAAAAUGGCCGAAGAAACUCCCAAACAGGCUAAAUCGCUGCUCAAAGAAAAGGAAUCUCCUGAGAAGUCUCCUGAAGCAUCGACAAGUGGUACUCAAAACAAAAUUGCUAAAGUACAAAGAGAGGAAGGGAAAACUGAAAGCCAGAAAGUUCGAAAGAAGGUUGUACCUAAACGACGUGCUAUGGAUGAAUCAGAAUAUGACAGAACAUCUCCUCCUCAGAAGUUAUCUAAAAGGCCUACUGAAGAUUUCUCUGAAUUAAUUAAUAAAACACCUAAUAAUCCUAUGGCUGUUAUCAGACAAUUAGAUGAGCACCCUCUCCCUCCUACUCCUCCUCCUCCUCCUAUUUAUACUUUUUCAGAAAUUACCUUGCGUAAUAACUUUGACCAUCAGCAAGAUCCUACUUUUGAUAUAGAUGCAUCCAAUAAAGCCUUAUAUGCAAAAGAAGUCCAAGCAAUGGAUAAGAAGAUAGGAUUUAUUGGUCUCGGAAUGAUGGGUAAAAGGUUUGUUAAAAAUCUCCUCGACUCAAGACACAAAGUCACAGUUUGGAAUCGAACCCCUGAGAAAUGUGUACCUUUUAUUAACAUUGGAGCUGAGUUUGCACAGACACCAAGUGAUUUGGUGGAAAAAUGUGACAUAAUUUUCUGCUGUGUUUCUGGUCCUGAGGCCUCAAAAAGCGUGGUUUUUGGAAGCUAUGGCAUUGUGACAGGUCUUGAAAAAUCGCAACCUGGAUCAAAAUGUUAUGUUGAAAUGACUACAUUGGAUCCAACUACAUCAAUUGACAUUGGAAAAGCUAUCACUUAUAAAGGUGGAAGAUAUCUUGAAGCUCCAUUUAGGGGAUCUAGGAAAACUGCAGAAGAUGGAAGUCUGGUAAUAUUGGCUGCAGGCGAUAUUUACCUUUUUAACACUUGUUCGAGUUGCAUUCACGCCAUGGCAAAAUUGGGAUAUUUUCUUGGCAGUGAAGUUGGCCUUGCUUCUAAGAUGAACCUAGCUGUUAGUUCGUUCAUUGGUGUGUCAUCUGUUGCCUUGGCAGAAGCCAUGGCACUGGUUAAGUGUUGCAAUCUUUCUCAGGCCAUCUUCUUAGACAUUUUAGGUUGUUCAGGAAUGUGUUCACGUCUUCUUAUGGAAAAAGGAGAAGCCAUAAUGUCACGUUUCUUUGAAACUAAUAUUUCUCUUAAUUAUCAGCAAAGACAUAUGACUUUGGCUCUUAGCCUGGAUAAUGACCGUGGACCAAUGUCAGUCACGACAGCAGCAAAUGAAGUGUUCAAACGUGCUAAACUUCGAAAUUAUUCUGACCAUGAUGUAUCUGCUGUUUGCAUGGGAACUGAGUAUUAGUGUCAGUUCAUUGUUUUGCUAUACUAUGCUAUAUGCCAGAAGGGCAAAUAUGCUUUUUAUCUAAAUUCAUUGUAAAAUAUUACAAAAGAUUUCAUAAUCCAUAAAAGAUAUCAUUCAUACAAUUUUAUUUUCAAUUUAAUAGUGUCUUUUUAUUGUUUAGUCUUAAACUUUUAUAUUUUCAUUUUAUCAUCAUUGCUCAUUUUAUAUUAUGAAACCAGAGCAGCUUAAUUAUUAAAUAUAUUGAAUAAUAAUAAAGCACCUUCUUUCUUAAAAUUUUAUUUUUUAUGUUUAUUUAAUUUUGAUUAAGAAUUUACUUACACGGUUUCCAAAAUUAGUCCAUGCAUUGUUCUAAUCUGAAGAAAAGACUUUAAUUCUUAAGUAAUAAAUUAUCUUAAUGCAUAUAAAUAUCCCCUCUUCCCCCAUUGAUCCUGGUAAGGAAAGAAUAAAAUUGUAAUGCAAAAUUUGCUUAUAUUAUUCAUAGACUAUUGCUGUUAAUGAAUUAUGGAAGUUUUUAUUUGUGUAUUUUCCUUAUGAAAUGCAAGAAUUUUGAUGCUUUAUGCAGUUUGGGAGCUAUGUAGUUGCAAAACCAGUAUGUUAAAACUUAAAAGAUUUGUCAGAAUUGUAAUUGAAAUUGAUAAUGAAUUUAUUUAGAUUGCCUGUCAAUCUAAUGGCUAUUUAAUCUCUACAGUUGCCAUGAUCUUUAUAUUUCAUAAUUAGAAAAGACUAAAUAUCUCUGCAAUCUUCUUGCAGUAUAGAUUCUGAUCAAAAUAUAUUUUCACAAAUUGUACAUUGAAACCUUGGUAAAUAGGCUCAUAUAGGAUAUUUGAUUGGUCUUUUUGUCCCAUUUUAAUGUGAUCCAGCUUGUUUGAGAUUCUCUCAUCAACACUUGAGUCAUGAUGACUGGGCUGGUAAUCUCUUUGCUGGCAAUUCAAGUUGCAUCUAAUGAAGUGAGUUUUUGAUUGAAGUGAAACUGAAAACAUAGGAUCAGUGACAUGUAAUGAAAUUUCUUUACUGAAAAUCUCAAAAGUUAUAAAUGGCCAUUCAUCAGUGUGAACAAUAUUUUUUAUAGGAAAUAUUAAUAUAUGAAUGUUUUGAGAAGCAGUUGGACCAAACUUAUUUGUUUACAGUAAUGUUGUUUUGUGCAAGUCAGAAUUAGUAAACAUUUAUCGAAUGGAUGAAAGCCACAUGGGAAAGCUCCCAAAAUACUUUAGUUAACAAAUUGCUAUCAGGCUCUCUACAGUACAGAAGGUAGGAAAAAUACUCAUUGAAAAACAUGGUGAAAAGUAUGCCUAUUUAUUGCUCCUGUAUAUUAUUGAUAUUUAUUUUUGUUUGCAUUUCUUUUUAUGUUAAUGUUGCAUUUUAAAAUAUGUUGUGGUCAUCUUUCAUGUUUGUCUAUUAAAUUAUUCAUUUUCCAUAUGAAUUUUUUAAAAUCCAAUGUAAAGUUUGGAUCAUGUGUAUUUUAAUACAUUAUUGAUCUCAUGUAGGUCGUUAGUUUUGUCACUCAGUGCAUAUUAAUGUAUUUACAGAAAUGAAAAGGUACAUAUGAAAUAAAAUUAUGGAAAAAAAAAUUACAUGCAUGUUUGUUUUAUUUGCAGGUUUUCCUGCAUAUAUGCAAAUCAGUUAAAUUUUAAAUUUCGAAAAAUAAUAAACCAUCUCGCCAUGAUUUCAGAUUAUGUUUACAUUUAUUUCCAAAUUUAUCUUCCUUUUUCUAUAAAAUUAAUAAUGGAUUAAUGUUUUUAAAAUCAAUUAGAUUCCUGUAAAAUUAAAUGGAUGAAAGCAUGCUAAAAUGUAGAGUCGAAACGGUGUAUACACGUAAAUUUAUAUCGUGAUUUUUAGGUGGCAUGUACAUUUGUUUAAAAACUGAUAUCUUGUAAUCAGCUGACUUUUAAAAUUUAAUUAAACUUUUUAAGGUCCCAGAAUGCUUUAGUUGACAAAUUGCUAAAGUAUGCCUGUUUAUUGCUCCUGUAGAUUAUUGACAUUUUUUUUUUUUUUUUUUGUUUAUGUUAAUGUUGCAUUUUCAAAUAUGUUGUAGUCAUCUUGCAUAUUUGUCUAUUAAAUAUUUCAUUUCCCAGAUGAAUUUUUUCACACCCAAAGUAAUCUUUGGACUCCUGUUUUUAGACCAUGUGUAUCUUAAUACAUUAUUUAUGUCAUGUAGGUCGUUAGUUUUGUCAGUGCAUAUUAAUGUAUUUACAGAAAUAAAA